AUGGUUCGAUCUAUUAUGGCAAUAUCUCCAGAUAUUGAAAUCAAUGGUUUAAUCGAAGGAUACUAUUGGUCAAAUGCGGAUGCAGUUCAAGGUCAGGCCAACUUCUAUUCGAAACAACAACGUGACGAUUUAAUUUCAUCAAUGAGCGAUGGUUUAAAUUAUUAUUUCUUUGGUGCUCAAGAAACUGGAGACGAUGCAUUUACCAUGAAUCUAUGGGACGCACAGCAAACUCGUGAUUGGUCUGAUACUGUUGCAAAAGCUUCUAAAGUUUCAAUUGUAUUCGGCUUACGACCUCGAUGGAUUGAAAAUGUUCAAAUAUCGUUGCAAAAAAUUCAGCGCAAGUUAGAACAAUUAGCCGCAGUUGGAAUUCAAUACUAUAUUCUAUGCUGGGAUGACACGCCUGGUGCUGGUACCAAUGCUCAAAUGGAAUUACAGAGAGAUCUCAUGCAAGCUCUUGUGAAUCAAAUAACAAACAUAGAACUAAUCGGUAUUAUUCCUGCUUAUUACUCUCGACCCAAAACAUCUAGUUCUACAGAUAUUGAUUGGAGCAAACAGCUCGCUAUUCUGAAUGAAAUUCCAACGAACAUUCGGUUCUUCGUUACUGGAUCAGCAAUUAAUCCAUCAUACAUCCAAACAUCCGAUGUUCCAUCGUUGCCAAAUCGUCAAUUUAUUUUCUUUGAUAAUUGGAUCGCAGUUGAUUCCAAUACCAGAGUGACAAUGAAUUGGCCACCCAAUCGUCAUGCUGAUAUAUACCAUGCUGCUGGAGCCAUUUCUGGCUCAGUGCUAAAUCUAGCGUAUCCACCGGAGAGAAUUAUUCAUCAAAUUUAUGCCUUAAAGCAAAGAGUCAAUAAUUAUCCCGAUAACAUAAAUGCAGAUUCAGCAGCUGCAUAUUGGGCAACCUAUUUGGUAGGAAAGAAUUUCUACGAAUUCAAUUCCUUCGAACAUUUAAAAAUAAAUUUGACACAAUUGAUCAAUGAUGGUUUGGAGACAAAUGAAGAGAUCAUUCAACGCUUUCCUUUUCUUGCAAGAAUAUUUAGAAAUUAA